AUGGACAGCUUGGAGGAGCCUGCCAGGUGCCCCGCCCGAGGGAAGUGUCCCGUCUUCCUGGCCAUGAGCUCAGGGGCUAUCCGCUAUGCCCCAUCAGGCCUGGGCCCCGUACUUGAGGGGAACUUGGGAGAGGAGCCCUGGGUCACAGACAGCCAGCCCCCUGCAGAGGAGGGCCACCCACCGCCCCUUGGGGCUGUCCCAGGCCCCUGGAAGAACGCUGGCCUCUGCAGAGGGCGCAGGGAGUCCCCGGGAGCCCUGUCGGACACCUCUGCAGGGGAGGAGGCCCAAGGAGAGGAGGGCCCUGCAGCCACCCAGCUGGACGUGUCCCGCCUCCGAAGCUCUUCUGUGGAGAUCCGUGAGAAGGGCUCGGAGUUCCUGAAGGAGGAGCUGCACAAAGCCCAGAAGGAGCUGAAGCUAAAGGAUGAAGAGUGUGAGAGGUUGUCCAAGGUGCGGGAGCAGUUGGAACAAGAGUUGGAGGAGCUGACGGCCAGCCUGUUUGAGGAAGCCCACAAGAUGGUUCGAGAAGCCAAUAUGAAGCAGGCAGCGUCAGAGAAGCAACUGAAGGAGGCACGGGGAAAGGUGGACACGACCCUAUUUGCAGAGUUCCAGGCCUGGAGGGAGUCACCUACCCUGGACAAGACCUCCCCUUUCCUGGAAAGGGUGUACCGGGAGGAUGUGGGCCCCUGCCUGGACUUCACGACGCAGGAGCUUUCAGCACUGGUGCGGGCCGCCGUGGAGGACAACACGCUCACCAUCGAGCCUGUGGCUCCACAGACGCUGCCCGCGGUGAAGGUGGCUGCAGUCGAGUGUGGCAGCGCCAACACGUGUGCCCUGAGCGGGCUGGCCCGCACCUGCCGCCACCGCAUCCGGCUUGGUGACUCUGACAGCCACUACUACAUCUCGCCAUCCUCCCGGGCCAGGAUCACAGCAGUGUGCAAUUUCUUCACCUACAUCCGAUACAUCCAGCAAGGCCUGGUGCGGCAGGAUGCGGAGCCCAUGUUCUGGGAGGUCACGAGGUUGCGGAAGGAGAUGUCGCUGGCCAAGCUAGGUUUCUUCCCCCAGGAGGUCUAGGGCGUGGCGUGGCCUGGAGGGGGGCUCUAAGCUGGAGC